GAACCUCCUGUUGAUAGUUUGUAUGUUUGCAUCUCAGUUUCCGACAUUGUUAUGGUGCAUAUUUACAACUUCAACUCUCUGCUUCACAAGUCAGCAAGACAAUCAAAAUAUACGGUGACAGUCCUCGGUAACUCCUCAUCUUCAAUAUAAUCAAGCACCAUGGGUACCACUUCUAAGGUCAUCGCUGUGCUUUGCCGUAUAGGGGAACUAGUGUCGUCUGUUAUAGUUUUGGGAUUGCUGGGCCGUUUUCUUUACAUUGUAGGCGAGGCAAAUGCGUAUGCUGAUUCCAGGAUCGUCUACACCACAGUCGUGGCUUCUAUCAGUACAUUUCUUUCUAUCAUUCUCUUUCUCCCUUUUACAUACUCGUUCCUCGCCUUCCCUCUUGAUUUAAUAUUGUUUGUUCUAUGGCUUGUAGCAUUCUGUCUCUUGGAAGCGUUGACUGGAACCCAUGCUUGUUCAGCAAACUGGUACUGGAGCUACUGGGGCUUCUAUUGGGGUUCUUAUUGGAGGACUCCAGUCGUCGUGGGAGGUCCCGCUGACAUUAACUGGGCGGGAUGUUCGUCCUGGCAAGCUGUGCUUGCCUGGUCGUUUAUAUCGUCCAUGCUGUUUUUGCUCAGUUCGUGUUUGGGAGCUUAUGUUGUCCUCAAAUACCGAGAGGAAAAGAAGUCCAGAGGUUCAGCAGUAAUGAAUAGCACCCGGGAUAAUAUCUAAAAGCCAUGGCUACCACAGUAAUGGCGAAUAUCACCGCGAGAGGAUUGCACAGAGCAUGGUGGGAUAUCCAUCUACGAAUCAGGGUAGUUGUCAUAUGCGGGAAAUGAGUACAGGCAAAAAUAUGGCAUUUGGCGUUGGUGCUGCCUAAUUCACAGGAGUCGCUGUCAGUGUUAG